UCAACGUUCAAGUUUCAUUUCGCGUUCGCAUUUAUCAGUAGAUCUUGCAAUAUUCUUCGAAUUCUUCAGUUUUAAAAUUUCGUCAACUCCUAGGCACAUAGCCUUUAUCAGUAAUUUUUGUUUAAAUAUAAAUUUAGUGUGUUUUCAUCCUAACGGAUUUAUGUUGUGCCUUUUUUCUCAUACGUUGAUGGAACGAAACUUAUAUUUUAUUGUGUAGUUGAGAGGUAGUCGUAAGAUAUAAAUUGCAAUACACAGUUCCUACCUACCUAAAAUAACGAAUAUUUUUAAUAUUUACCAUGUACAAACCGUGUGGUCUCAGUCUAUGAACAAAUUAAUGCUUUUUAAAGAGUAACAAUGGAAUCAACUAAGAAGAAAGGGAAGCCUCCUCAUCCAAGAGCCAAAGCCAAUCCUCUUUCGGCUCUCACUUUCGCAUGGACAUUACCAAUAUUCUGGAGUGGCUUGAAGAAGGAGUUAGAAGAAAGUGAUCUGUAUGAGCCACUAGAGGAGCAUGCUUCUGGUCCCCUGGGUGACAAGUUCGCUCGUCUCUGGGAGGAGGAGGUGGCGAGCGCGGGGAACAAGCGCACGCCGAGUUUGCUGAGAGUGAUACUGCGCGCGUACGCUGUGAGAUGCAUGCUGUACGGGUUCGUACUGUUCUUCAUGGAGUGCGGGAUUCGUAUCCAACAACCUCGGUUGCUCGGUUCGUUCAUCGGGUACUUCAGUAAGGAAGAGCAGAGCUACAUGCACAGCCGGCUGAUGCACAUGCAAGCUGAUGAGGCUCACAGUAAUGUCUCCGAAAAUAUCGCGCAGCCUGUGUUUCUGGGUAAACUCGUGGAGUACUACAGCCCGGAACAGUCAGCGGUGACGGAGCAGGACGCAUACCUGUACGCGGGGGGAGUUGUGCUCUGCUCCGCGCUCAACGUGUUCGUGGUGCACCCCUACAUGAUGGCCAUCCUGCAUAUGGGCAUGAAGUUCCGAGUGGCCUGCUGCUCGCUCAUCUAUAGGAAGUCGCUACGUCUAUCCAAGACCGCGCUGGGCGAGACCACCAUCGGUCAGGUGGUCAACCUGCUCUCCAACGACGUGAACCGCUUCGACGUGGCGGUGAUCUUCCUCCACUACCUGUGGAUAGGCCCGCUAGCUACUGUGAUCGUCACCUACUUCAUGUGGCUCGAGAUCAGCUGGGGCGCCGUUGUGGGAGUUGGCUUUAUGCUGGCCUUCAUACCGCUCCAAGCAUACCUCGGCAAGCGCACGUCAGUUCUGCGUCUCAAGACGGCGAUGCGGACGGACGAGCGAGUGCGGCUGAUGAACGAGAUCCUGUCGGGGAUCCAGGUGAUCAAGAUGUACACGUGGGAGAAACCCUUCGCGGACCUCGUCGCUAAGGCCAGAAAGCAGGAGAUAAAGCAGAUCCGCGCGACGUCGUACAUUCGCGGCGUGCUGACGUCGUUCAUAAUGUUCACGACGCGCAUCUGUCUGUUCUUCUCCAUCCUGGUGUUCGUGCUGGAGAAUCACGUGAUCAGCGCCAAGCAGGUCUUCGUGGUGACCAGCUUCUACAACCUGCUGCGACAGACUAUGACCGUGUUCUUUCCGCAGGGUAUUGCCCAGGUGGCUGAAGCGACGAUAUCCAUCAAACGCUUGCAAAAUUUCAUGCUGUACGAGGACACAAGCAAACCCGUGCCCGGACUGUCAGACAUACAGACAUCCACCAAAGCGAAAGAGAAGAAUAUUUUAGAUGAAAAAGACAAAGAUAUUAAGGAUCCCGAGAAGAGAGAAUCCAAAAUGGCGAUGAUAGCGGAAAAAGAAUUGAAUAUUGAUGAGAAAGGAAAUGGUAAAGCGCCAAUAGAAUCAAGUGAGGAGGACGAUACAGAAUUAGAAACGCAGUUUGAUACGGACGCCCGCGGCGUGCGGCUACGACAUGCGACCGCCAAGUGGAUUCCGUCGCACACAGAGAAUACUCUUACUGAUCUGUCGCUCACCAUCAAACCCGGAAAGCUGAUAGCCGUAAUAGGUCCGGUGGGCGCGGGCAAGUCGUCGCUGCUGCACGUGCUGCUGCGGGAGCUGCCGCUGCUGUCGGGCAGCGUGCACGUCGGCGGCACCGUGUCCUACGCCAGCCAGGAGCCCUGGCUGUUUGCGGGUAGCGUCCGUCAGAACAUCCUGUUCGGUCAGCCUAUGGACCGGCCGCGGUACAACGCGGUGGUGCGGCGGUGCGCGCUCGACCGUGACUUCUCGCUGUUCCCGCACGGUGACAAGACUGUUGUUGGCGAGCGCGGAGUCAGUCUCAGUGGAGGCCAGCGUGCGCGCAUCUCGCUAGCGCGUGCGGUGUACAAGCGCGCCGACGUGUACCUGCUGGACGACCCGCUGUCGGCGGUGGACGCGCACGUCGGCCGCCACCUGUUCGAGUCCUGCGUGGUCGGCUACCUGCGCUCCGCCACGCGCGUCCUCGUCACGCACCAACUGCAGUUCCUGAGGGAUGUGGAUCAGAUUAUAAUAUUAAAAAAUGGUUCGAUAGCGGCCGCCGGUGAUUUUGAGACGUUGAGCGCGUCGGGUCUGGACUUCGCCAGUUUGCUCGCUCGAGAGGAAGAGGAGGAGGAGAAGAAGGAACCAGAGGAGAAGUCGCAGGUGGACCCUGAAGACACCAUGAUGCAGGGAAGCUUCCGGAAGAGGCAGCUGAGUAUACACUCUGUGAGCUCAGUAGACAAUCUAACAGCGACGGCGCCACCGGAAGGUGAGGGGCGGGAAGAGGCGGAGUCUCGAUCGGCGGGGGCGGUGUCGGGCCGCGUGUACGGCGCCUACCUCCGGGCCGCCGGACAUCCGGUGUUAGUGGCGCUGAUGAUGAUGGUGGCGACGCUGGCCCAGGUGCUCGGAUCUGGAUCGGAUUGGUGGACUAGUUAUUGGGUUAAUUUAGAGGAGAGCCACCCCGAAGAGGUGAUGAGAAACAUGGAGCUUAGAGGUAACGGGUCGGUGUCCUCGCUGAACCUCACGCAGGCCAUGAUUGAUGACGCUAAAUUCAGUAAUGGCCUUACCAGAUACGACUGCAUUUAUAUUUAUACCGGUAUGGUGGUGGCGCUAGUAGUAAUAUCUCUGCUCCGUUCGUUCAUGUUCUUCUCAAUGGCGAUGAACGCAUCCACUAAGCUACACAACACGAUGUUCGGGGCGAUCACGCGCGCGCCUAUGAGAUUCUUUCACACCAACCCCUCGGGGAGAAUAUUGAACCGCUUCUCCAAAGAUAUGGGUGCAGUUGACGAGGUGUUGCCCACCGCUUUAUUGGAUGUGUUGCAGAUCGGUCUAUCACUGAUCGGUAUCGUGAUAGUGGUGGCGAUAGUGAACUACUGGCUGCUGCUGCCGACGGUGGCGAUCGGCGUGGUGUUCUACGGCCUGCGCAUCUUCUACAUAUCGUCCUCGCGCAGCAUCAAACGCCUCGAGGGUGUGACUCGUAGUCCUGUCUUCUCGCACCUCAACGCGUCGCUACAGGGUAUUACAACAAUACGCGCGUUCGGCGCCGAGGAGGCUCUUAUACGGGAGUUCGAUAAUCACCAGGACUUGCACAGCUCUGCUUGGUACUUGUUCAUAGCGAGUUCUCGCGCGUUCGGUUUCUGGCUGGACCUGGUGUGCGUGGUGUACAUCGCCGUCGUCACGCUCAGCUUCCUCAUGUUCGGACAAGAGCGUUACGGCGGCAACGUGGGCUUGGCGAUCACGCAGGCGAUGGGUCUGACCGGCAUGUUCCAGUGGGGCAUGCGGCAGUCCACAGAGCUGGAGAACCAGAUGACCAGCGUUGAGAGAAUACAAGAGUACUCGCACAUAGAAUCGGAACCUCCGCUAGAAUCGGAGGCGAACAAGAAGCCGCCGCCGUCGUGGCCGGAGGCGGGGCGCGUGGAGUUCAAGCACGUGUUCCUGUACUAUGUAGUCGGGGAGCCGCCGGUGCUGCGCGACCUCACGCUCGACAUACAGCCGCGGGAGAAGGUGGGGAUUGUCGGCCGCACGGGCGCGGGGAAGUCCUCGCUCAUCAACGCGCUGUUUAGGCUAACAAGACUAGAAGGCGAGAUAAUAAUCGACGGUCGGGAGACGUCAACGCUGGGCCUGCACGAGCUGCGCAGCCGCAUCUCCAUCAUACCGCAGGAGCCGGUGCUGUUCUCCGGCACCAUGAGACACAACCUCGACCCCUUCGACGAGUACCCCGAUCAGGUGCUGUGGAGGGCGCUUGAGGAGGUGGAGCUAAAAGAAGCGGUGUCGGAGUUGCCGGCGGGACUCAACUCGCGCAUGUCGGAGGGCGGCGGCAACUUCUCCGUGGGCCAGCGGCAGCUCGUGUGUCUCGCGCGCGCCAUCGUCCGCCGCAACAGGCUGCUGGUACUAGACGAAGCCACCGCGAACGUCGACCCGCAGACGGACGCGCUAAUUCAAGCCACCAUCAGAACGAAGUUCGCCGACUGUACGGUGCUCACGAUAGCCCACCGACUGCACACCGUCAUGGAUUCUGAUAAGGUGUUGGUGAUGGAUGCUGGUCAGAUGGUGGAGUUCGACCACCCUCACGUGCUGCUGCAGCGCGCGGACGGCCACCUGCGCGCCAUGCUCGAGCAGACCGGCCGCGCCACCGCCGACGCGCUCGCCAGGACCGCUCACCAGGCCUACAAUAAAAAGUACAACAUAGAAACAGACUGAAGCUAAGAUUUACGUCCGUAUUGUUCCUGCAUGUCCGAGAGACGAAAAAUAUUCCUCAAACUACGAAGAGGCAAACAUAUUAACUUAUGUAAAUGUGAUCUAUAGAAAUGAAAGUGUUCAAAAUCAUUUCAUUUUACUGGAUCUCUCUGAAGUUAUUUCCGUGCAACGUAUUUUGAUAUAUUGCGCGCAAAAUGCAUCAACUUCACGAUGGUCCUGUAAAAUGAAAUGUAUAAUUUUUAAUCUUGAAAUAUUUUGUGUACAAUGAUUUGUGUACUUGCAUGUUAUAUUUAUUUUAUUAUUGGAUCUGCGUUUUUGUGUUUGACACACGAUUUUAAUCACAUUAGUUUAAAUUUUAGAAUACGAAUAAUAAGUUCUUGCAAUUCAAUAACAUGAUAAAUCAUCAAUAUAGUCUGAUACCAAGUCAAAUGAAUAUUUUCAUAGUUUUCGUGAAAAUGUGUUACCUAAUCGCAAGAACUAUAUUAAGAUAGUGAUUGUAUUGUAAGUGAUAAAUUAUUUUUGUGUGAUAUGUUUACUUGUUCGAAUAUUGGAAUUCUCAUCAUGGAUCUAAACUUAUCUGAAUACAACCAAAUACUAUAAAAGUUAGUCUAAAUAAGGUGCUAUCAUAUUCAAGUACUUAAUAUAAGUAGAUACAAUUUCUUAAUUUCGUUAAGUACUUAUCCGAGGCUUUCGCUGCUGUUUUAUUGUUAAAUUUAAUUAAUAUUAUUUAAUUUAUUUCAUCAACAACUUAUUUCAUUUUAUGAGUCUCAAUAUUUUAGGUGGGAUCUGAUCAAAAAAUCUAAAUAAUAUAUAUUUUUUAUACUUAACUUUGUUUACUGUUCGGCUAUAUAGUUUUGCAUGAAAAUCUGCGCCUUAACAAUAGAAAUACGAUGUUUUAAAUCGUUUCGUACUUAAUUAUUGGUCAAAUCCAUGUGUACUUUAGAUUCAAUUUAAAUAUUUUUAAAAAAUGUCUUUAGAGUGUACGAAUCGAACUGGCCCAACUGUUUCACAAAUUGUAUUCUAAUUUUUAACCUGGUCCAAAAGAUCCGAUUU